UUUCCAAUACCAAGGCGUCUCGAUGUAAAUCAAGGACUCAGAGCCACCCGAGGAGAGCGCCGUGGUCACGGACAACAGGGCUUUAAUGCGCUAUUGAAACUACAAACUCACACCUACAGUAGUUUCCUGUUAACAGAUCACAUAUUUUGAAAGCUUGUGGUAUUUUAUUGUGAAACUUGCCUGGUGAAAAUUUUGAAGCAUAGGAUUCUGCCAAACAUCUGAAUAAAGAACUCCUCACCUGGUAUGUAAGAGAACUCCUCACCGCCACCAUGACAAACCAGGAAAAGUGGGCCCACCUAAGCCCCUCAGAAUUUUCUCAACUUCAGAAAUAUGCUGAGUAUUCUACAAAGAAAUUAAAGGAUGUUCUUGAAGAAUUCCAUGGUAAUGGUGUGCUUGCAAAGUAUAAUCCGGAAGGGAAACAAGACAUUCUUAACCAAACAAUAGAUUUUGAAGGUUUCAAGCUGUUUAUGAAGACAUUCCUGGAAGCUGAGCUUCCCGAUGAUUUCACAGCACACCUCUUCAUGUCAUUUAGCAACAAGUUUCCCCAUUCCAGCCCGAUGGUGAAAAGUAAGCCUGCUCUCCUUUCAGGUGGUCUGAGAAUGAAUAAAGGUGCCAUCACCCCUCCUCGCAGUUCUCCUGCAAACACGUGCUCCCCAGAAGUGAUCCACCUGAAGGACAUUGUCUGUUACCUGUCCCUCCUUGAAAGGGGAAGACCUGAGGAUAAACUCGAGUUUAUGUUUCGCCUCUAUGACACGGAUGGGAAUGGCUUCCUGGACAGUUCGGAACUAGAAAACAUCAUCAGUCAGAUGAUGCACGUGGCCGAGUACCUCGAAUGGGACGUCACCGAGCUUAACCCAAUCCUUCAUGAAAUGAUGGAAGAAAUCGACUACGAUCAUGAUGGGACCGUUUCCCUGGAGGAAUGGAUCCAAGGAGGAAUGACGACCAUCCCACUGCUUGUGCUCCUAGGUUUGGAGAACAACGUGAAGGAUGACGGCCAGCACGUGUGGAGGCUCAAGCACUUCAACAAGCCCGCCUACUGCAACCUCUGUCUGAACAUGCUCAUCGGGGUGGGGAAGCAGGGCCUCUGCUGCUCCUUUUGUAAGUACACAGUGCAUGAGCGCUGUGUGGCUAGAGCGCCUCCUUCUUGCAUCAAGACCUAUGUGAAGUCCAAGAAGAACACUGAUGUCAUGCACCAUUAUUGGGUUGAAGGCAACUGCCCAACCAAGUGUGAUAAGUGCCAUAAAACUGUCAAAUGUUACCAGGGCCUGACAGGACUGCAUUGUGUUUGGUGUCAUAUCACACUGCAUAACAAAUGUGCGUCUCAUCUAAAACCUGAAUGUGACUGCGGACCUUUGAAGGAUCAUAUUUUACCACCCACAACAAUCUGUCCAGUGGUACUGACUCUGCCCACUUCGGGAGUUUCAGGCCCUGAGGAAAGACAAGCAACAGUAAAAAAAGAAAAGAGUGGUUCCCAGCAGCCAAACAAAGUGUCUGACAAGAACAAAAUGCAAAGAGCCAACUCAGUUACUGUGGAUGGGCAAGGCCUGCAGAUCACUCCUGUUCCUGGCACUCAUCCACUUUUAGUUUUUGUAAAUCCCAAAAGUGGUGGGAAGCAAGGAGAACGAAUUUACAGAAAAUUCCAAUAUCUCCUAAAUCCUCGCCAGGUUUACAGUCUUGCUGGAAACGGACCAAUGCAAGGGUUAAACUUUUUCCGCGAUGUUUCCGACUUCAGAGUGUUAGCCUGCGGUGGAGAUGGAACCGUGGGGUGGAUUUUGGACUGCAUAGAAAAAGCUAAUGUAGUCAAACAUCCUCCAGUUGCCAUUCUGCCUCUUGGGACCGGAAAUGAUCUAGCAAGAUGCCUGAGAUGGGGAGGAGGUUAUGAAGGUGAAAAUCUGAUGAAAAUCCUAAAAGACAUUGAAAACAGCACAGAGAUCAUGCUGGACAGGUGGAUGUUUGAAGUUAUACCUAAUGACAAAGAUGAGAAAGGAGACCCAGUGCCUUACAGUAUCAUCAAUAAUUAUUUUUCCAUUGGCGUGGAUGCUUCCAUUGCACACAGAUUCCACAUCAUGAGAGAAAAACACCCAGAGAAAUUCAACAGUAGAAUGAAGAACAAAUUUUGGUAUUUUGAGUUUGGCACCUCUGAAACUUUCUCAGCCACCUGCAAGAAACUACAUGAAUCUGUAGAAAUAGAAUGUGAUGGAGUCCAGAUAGAUUUAAUAAACAUCUCCCUGGAAGGAAUUGCUAUUUUGAAUAUACCAAGCAUGCAUGGAGGAUCCAAUCUUUGGGGAGAGUCUAAGAAAAGACGAAGCCAUCGCCGGAUAGAGAAGAAAGGUUCUGACAAAAGGACCACACUCACAGAUGCCAAAGAGUUGAAGUUUGCAAGUCAAGAUCUGAGUGACCAGUUGCUGGAGGUGGUUGGCUUGGAAGGAGCCAUGGAGAUGGGGCAAAUAUACACGGGACUGAAAAGUGCUGGGAGGCGGCUGGCCCAGUGCUCCUCUGUGGUCAUCAGGACUAGCAAGUCUUUGCCAAUGCAGAUCGAUGGGGAACCAUGGAUGCAGACCCCAUGCACAAUAAAAAUUACACACAAGAACCAAGCCCCAAUGCUGAUGGGCCCUCCUCCAAAAACGGGGUUGUUCUGCUCCCUCGUCAAAAGAACAAGAAACCGGAGCAAGGAAUGAGCCCGGGUCGCUUCCUUCUUAGAGAUCUAAUUCGCAUAAUUGGGCCGUGGAAAACCUAUGCUGGAAAACUUUGAGUCCUUUCAAGUCUCCUACUCAUGCAAAAUCAUGGAAUUGGUUUAACAGUUUUUGUUACUGAGUUAAUGUGAAACUCAUCUAUUAGAAAACGUGGCUCAGUUUUUAUAGGCAUCACUGCAUGCAGAAAGCAGAGGUUUACGUGAAGUGAUGCUGCAUAUUUCUGUUGCAUGCAUUCCCAUAGAUUUUUGUGUCUCCCACCCAUUCAUUCCUCCCCCAUUUUCCAUUUCCUAACCUGUGAUUAAAAAAACCUUUUAAACAUAAGCAAGGAAAUAUCACGGAAAAUGUGAUUCUCAGUGUGAUUUCAGUGAUCAAUAAGCACUGAUCAGUAAUGCUACAGUGAUCAAAAUCGCAGAUUGCUAGACUUUUCCCUUUUACAGUCAGUGUACCAAUAGUCUUUGACCUAUGACUUGAGAAGAAACCUUUAAAUGAAAGAUUUUAUUUAGUUGUAUGUGAUACCUUGCUGUAUCUAAAUAUGUUUUCUUUA